AGUAAUAGCCAGUGUUGGGUGUGUUGUGUCGGUGUCUCUCUCUGUCUGUGAGUUUGAGCAGUAAAAUGGCAGAAUCCAGUCUUUCUUUGGCUCAUCAUUUCAGCUGUGCGGUGUGUCUGGAUCUCCUGAAGGAUCCAGUCUCCAUUCCCUGUGGACACAGUUACUGUAUGAGCUGCAUCACAGACUGCUGGAAUCAGGAGGAUCAGAAGAGAGUCUACAGCUGCCCUCAGUGCAGACAGACCUUCAGCCCCAGACCCGCUUUAGCUAAAAACACCAUGCUGGCUGAAGUGCUGGAGAAACUGCAGAAGAGCAAACUACAAGCUGCUGGUCCUGCUCAGAGUCCCGCUGCAUCUGGAGAUGUGGAGUGUGACGUCUGUACUGGAGCCAAAAACAGAGCCGUCAAGUCCUGUCUGGUGUGUCUGAACUCUUACUGUCACACUCAUUUCCAGCGCCAUCAAGAAAUUCACCAAGGAAAUCGACACAAAGUGACUGAAGCCACUCAUAAACUGCAGGAGAUGAUCUGUCCUCAACACAAGAAACUCCUGGAGAUCUUCUGCCGCACUGAUCACUGCUGUAUUUGUUAUCUGUGUUUGCUGGAUCAACACAAACACCAUGACACUGUUUCAGCUGCAGCAGAGAGGACUGAACUACAGAGUCGGCUGAGGGAAACCCAGAGCAGAUUCCAGCAGAGACUCCAGGAGAGACAGAAGGAGCUGGAGGAGCUGAGAGAGGCUGUGGAGUCUCACAAGCGCUCUGCACAGGCCGCAGUGGACCACACCGAGAGGAUCUUCACUCAGCUCAUCUGCUGGAUUGAGAGAAGCCGCUCGGAGCUCACGCAGAUGAUCAGAGAUGGAGAAAAGACUGCAGUGAGUGGAGCUGAAGAACGACUGGAGCGACUGGAGCAGGAGAUCAAUGAUCUGAGGAGGAGAAACGCUGAGCUGGAGCAGCUUUCACACACAGAAGAUCACAUCCAUUUCCUCCAGAGUUUGCAGUCUCUCUCUGUCCCUCCUGGAUCUACAGACUCAUCCAGCUUUAUUAGCAGCUCGCAGCUCGCUUUUGAUCAACUUGCUGAAUCUGUGUCUCGUCUGAGAGACAAACUGCAGCAGUUCUGCACUGAGGAGAUGAAGACCAUAUCUAGCAGAGUGAGCAGCAUUAGCAGGAUUCCCGCUCCUGAACCACAGACCCGUGAGCAGUUCCUCCAGUAUUCUCAACAGUUCACUUUGGAUCCAAACACAGCGUAUAACAGGCUGGUUCUGUCUGAAGGAAACACAGCGGUGGAAAAUAAACGUUCAGUCCAGCCGUAUCCUGAUCAUCCAGACAGAUUUGAUGGUUGGCGUCAGGUGUUGUGUAGAGAGAGUGUGUGUGGACGCUCUUACUGGGAGCUGGAGUGGAGCGGUGAGGAUGUGGAAAUAUCAGUGUCAUAUAAGAGCAUCAGCAGGAAGGGUUUGGGUAAUGAGUGUGUGUUUGGAUUUAAUGAUCAGUCCUGGAGUUUGUCCUGCUCUGCUCACAGUUUCAUAUUCUAUCAUAAUAAUAUAAAGACUGAUCUCCGUAAACCCUCCGUCAGCUGCUCUAGAAUAGGAGUGUAUGUGGAUCACAGUGCAGGAACUCUGUCCUUCUACAGCGUCUCUGACACAACAAUGAGCCUCAUACACACACUCCACACCACAUUCACACACACACUCUAUCCUGGAUUCAGGGUUUAUGUUUGUUCAAGACUGAAGCUCUGUGAUCUGACAGUGUAGAGUUCAAGAUGUCUGAAUCAGUCAUCACUGCAUUCUAGUUUAUAAUGGCCUGUUUCCUGCUAGACAGUUGAUAGGGGGUUCUGGAUUGGUUGCUAGGCGGUUGCUAUAGUGUUGCUAUGGGGUUGCUAAGCGAUUGCUAAGGUGUUCUAGGUCAUUGCUAAGGUGUUGCUAGGUGGUUACUAAGGUGUUGCUUGUUAGUCACUUAGAUGCCGCUAAGGUGUUGCUAGGAUGUUCUGUGUUGUUGCUAGGCAAUUGUUAAGGCAUUACUAGGCGGUUGCUAAGGUGUUUAAGUGGUUGCUAAGGUUUUGCUAGGUGGUUGCUAAGGCAUUGCUAGGUGGUUCCUAAGGUGUUGCUAGGCGGUUGCAAAGGUGUUCUGGGUUGUUGCUAAGAUGUUGCUAGGAUGUUCUGUGGGGUUGCUAGGCAGUGGCUAAUGUGUUCUAAGUCUUUGCUAAGGUUUUGCUACUUGGUUGCUACGGUGUUCUAAGUCAUUGCUAAGGUGUUACUAUGUGGUUGCUAAGGUGUUCUUGGUCGAUGCUAAGGUGUUGCUAGGUGGUUGCCAGGGUGUUCUAAUUGGUUGCUAGGUAGUUGAUAUGGUGUUGCUAGGUGCUUAUUAAGGCAUUGCUAUGUGGUUGCUAAGGUGUUGCUAGGUGGUUGCUAGGGUGUUCUGAGUGGUUGCUUGGCCGUUGCUAAGGCAUAACUAGGCAGUCGCUUAGGUGGUUGCUAGGGUGUUGUGAGUGGUUGCUAGGCGGUUGCAAAGGCAUUGCUAGAUGGUUGCCAAGUUGUUGCAAGGUGGUUGCUAAGGCAUUGCUAGGUGGAUGCUAAGAUGUCGCUAGGUAGUUCCUAAGGUGUACCAAGUAGUUGCUAGAAUUAGCAUAAUAUGUGAGUAUGAAUUUAGUAUGAUUUAGCAUGUUGCUAGUAUGUUUAUAGUAUUAAUUAGCAUGUUGCUAGUAUAUUGCUAGUAUGAAUUAG